UUCUCUGAAAAUGUUUGUCAUAUUUUCUUUUCUCUUGAUGAUCGCAGUGGACUGUGUCAUAAAUGAUCAGAACUUUGAGAUCAAGUCUGUUGAUGUGGAACAAAAUGUGACUUUUACGUGUCCUUGUGAGUUUGGGUACAGAAAGAAUACGUAUUGGAUCAGAAUCAUUUCUGGUCACCAGCCUGAAUUCUUGGGAGCAACAACUGGCUUUGAAUCAACUGGAGUUAAUCACAUUCCUCGUUUUACAACCAGACAAGUACCUGGAACUUUCAUUCUGAACAUUAAUCACACUGAGAUGACUGACACUGGACUUUACUACUGCAUCGAUACCAACUGGGAUAACAUAACAUUCUUGAGGGGUUUUUUUCUCAAAGUUCAAGGACCCAAAUCGUCCAUCUCUGACGUCGUUCAACCUCCUUCGUCUGCUGCGGUCCAUCCAGGAGAGUCGGUGUCUCUGCAGUGUUCGGUCCUCUCUGACUCUGAGAAGAAAACAUGUUCAGAAGAUUACAGAGUUCACUGGUUCAGAGCAGGAUUAGAUCAGUCUCACCCCAGUUUGAUUUAUACUCAUGGAGACAAUGCAGAGUGUGGAAACUCUUCACAGAAAUGUUUCUAUAACUUCUCUAAGAAGGUCAGUGUCUCUGAUGCUGGUACUUAUUACUGUGCUGUGGCUGCAUGUGGAGAGGUCAUGAUUGGAAAUGGAGCAAAACUGGACAUUAAAGAUUGGAAUCACACAGAAAUAGCGCUCAGUGUUGCUUUGGCUGCAAGUGUGACUGUUUCAGUCUUUCUCAUUUGGACCAUUAAGAAGAAGAAAUUCAACAGUGGUAAUGCAGAUGGUGAACCACACAGCAGUGAUCAGCAGAGAGAUGAAGCUUCAUUGAUCUAUUCUGCACCAACCUUCAGCAGGAGAACAGUCACCAAAGCAGGAACAGGAAACACACCCUCAGAUCAGAAAGAGAUGAUCUACACUGAUGUGCGAGUUCACAACUGAUUCUAAAUUCACUGAUGCAAUCUGUUAAUUCAGAAUGAUCCCUUUUUAUUUCUUUCAUUUUUUUGCUGAUGACACCUGAUUAGAAAUGUCUACUUUCCGGGGGGUGCAAGUAACUAAUUACCUCCACUCACAUUUCUGCACUCAAGUAGUAUUUUGACUUUCUUGAGCUACUUUUGCUAAGGGCUCAUACCUAAAUACAUUAUUCACUAUGUCAUUACUUUUACUGAUACCAAAAUAAGCAAAGCUGAAGAAGGAGGCACACUUGUCUCAGACGGAAACACUGAUGUUUGUUUUCACCACUGAAUAGAAAUUUACACUCUCAAUCUGCUGGACGGUGACCUGAACUGCUUUUCCUGGACACUUGAUUCCAAAUUUAGUUUUAAAGUUGUAACUGAGGAGUACUUCUUUAUAGUUGUGCUUCAAGGAUUUCUAUUUUCUCGUCUUCGCGUUUGCAUAGUGUUUACACCAUGUAAUCUACUUCAUUCAGUCUUGAUGGAGUACAGCUGAAAUGUAAAUUGACAUUUCGUUUGAAAUGCUUUUUUUUUUUUAACCAAGAGUUCAAAUGGUGUGAAAGGCAGAAUUGUGGAACCAUUGCUAAAUGCUGUACUUUCAUUAAUAAUGCACACUUUACAUUAAUGCCACUGCUAUGCUCCAUUUACAUUCAUAUUUGUUCAGUCUCUGUUUCUGCAUAUUUGGAGUUCUGAGAUGAAACAUCAUCCUGGAUGGUCUCAAACACCAGUUCCAGUUCAGUUUGCUGGGAUCCUUUAAGAAGGUCAUGCAGGAACCCUCCCCACAGUAAGAAUCACUUGCUCUCAGACCACAUAAAGCUGCUGGUUUCUAACAGCAGAAGCUCACCCUACAUCCUGAUCAUGUGAUCACUGCACACAGACACACAUACCCAGAGACCAGCCUCUUCCUGAUGACCACACUGUCUAGCCAAUGACAGUGAAGCACAGAAACACACUUCCUGAUGAAGACAAGCUACUUGGAAGCAGUCAGGGCCUGAGGGAAGUGAUAUAUUGUAAAAAAAAAAUCAUAUUUUGACACUUAAUCGGAUCUCUUUCUGCUUGAUUCUUUGGCUGCUGUGUGAACUUUACCUGUGAUCCUAAAGUAAAGCAACUGAAUUUCAUUUGCUGAAUUCUCUUCACCAUUUCACUGCACCCAUCUGAAUACAGGCUCAAGAAAGUGCCAUCUUUCAAUAGAAACAUUUCCAGCUUUCCAUUUACAUUUCUUCAUUUUUCAUUUCUGUUUCUUUCUUUUCUAAAUUAGAACUGUGCUUUGACUGUAUUUCAUCAAUUGAACUGAAGCUUCCAGUGCAAUUAAUACCAUCACGAGUAUCCCCUGAAGAGUACAUCAACAUUAUACUUUCAAAAAUUGAUUGAAAGAAUAGUUGAUUUAAAAUGUAUUUAGAUGAUUGUCUUCAGGCUUGGCACCACCAGCAAUAUUUAACCAUGUUAUAUGUCAUUUCUGAAAUAAAGAAAUAAUAAUUUAACUAUAAAUUGGAUAUCAAAUAGAAUUCAGAGUGUUAUCAUCAAGCAUUUGGUAUUUUUCAUUUUAAUCUAAAUUGGAAUUUAAUAUAGCCUUUAGUGUUUGUGGGAGGGUGCUCAAGAUUUGUUUUUU